UGCGUAAAGGGCGUGGUAAUGUGUAUGCGCGUUCGAUCCGCCGCCAAAUUCAAACAUUGAAAGAAAGAAACAAGACAACAAGCAGGCGGAGAAAGGACAGGAAGAUAUUUACUAAGGAUAAUAAAAUCAGGUAAUCACAGCAUCUUCAGUGAUGGACGGACUUGGUAGAGCAGUGGUGGGAGUCUGGCGGGCACACACAGUCCUGGAUGAGUCUGAUGGAGCAGAGAGCUCCCCAGAAGCCCCCGACCGUUUCCGCAAGCAACGAUCUUCCUCUUCUUUGAAUUCUCUGAGGAUGACAUUGCGCAAGCGGCUCCCGCUGCGCACCGUCCAGGCCAACUCUCUCCCAGAGAAUCCAAGCUGGGAACCCAUAAAAGAGCAACCAAAGGAGCAACCAAAAGAGCAACCUAAACCCAACACAGUCAGCAAACUCACUCGCAGUGCUCGGAACUCCAUCAGCGGAGUGUACCAGAGACUGCAGAGAACCAGAGAGUUUGCACAUGAGGAGUGUUUGGUAGAAACCCCCGGUCGAGAACGAGAAAGAGAAGAGGCUGGUGCAUCUACUUCUCGCACCCCAAGGCGAACGCCCGGCCGGGCUGCAACACCCAGACGCACCCCCAGAGCGGGAGCCACACCUGGACGCACCCCAGGCUCUAGAGGAAGAAAGACACCUGAGGCCAGUGUACGAGGGGUGAAAACAGGAGGCGGCAGGAGACAGCUGGUCCGCAUGGCUGCUUUAAGGAGUCCCUUUGCCUCCCCAAACACACAGAAUCAGAGAAUAAAGUUUGACCAAGAUUUAGAGUCUGUCUCCAGUGGACUCAGGAGACUCAAACAUCUUUCAAGGGCCUUCGAUAGUCUCAUUGGCAGAGACGACAGAUCCAAUACGAGGGAACGACCUGGAGGAGCAGUGAUGAGAAAGUUGGACCCCAACGGUAAACUCUGUCGCUCCAACCUCUCCCGUCGGGCCUCGAAUCUCUCAAACACACUGGGAGGUUGGGCCAACACAGCUGUGAACACUAUACGCAAACCAAACUGAACCCUGUGCAUGUUUGUGUGUGUGUAAAACACAGGACUUUGUAGCCAUGUUUCACAUUUUAUAUUUGAGGUAUCACAGUUACAUUAAGUAGUGUUGUCAUGAUUCUGGGAGACUGUUACAUGCACGCUUAUUAUCUCUUUUUUAUAGACUGUUGUUAGCUUCAGUUAAAUAUGUGUUUACAUGUCUCAGGUCAGCUGUUUGUGGAUGAUUAUCCUCAUUGAAGCUACCAAAGGGAUUUCUGUUUUCUAUGUUUUUGUACCUCUGUUGUAGCUGCUACGACCAAAUGUCUUAGUCACAUCGUCAUAAUACUAACACUUUAGGUUUUCUAUCUCUUGGUAGCGUUUUACUCUUCCAGUUUCAGAAAUGUACACAAGACCAAAACUAUAUCUGUAGAACUAACACUAUGUUUACUGACAGAGAGGAGACAUAUCUCCUCUGUUUAUCAUGUAUGCAAUAUGUUACUAACGUUUGUCAUGUAUUUUUUUUACAUCAUUUGUUUAUGCCAAAUUGUAAAGUGUAUUUUCUAUGAAACAGGACUUUUUUUUAUAUAAAUACAGCUUAGGCAGUGAGUGAUAGGGAUUUUUCUUUAUUUCCUCUCGUGCGUCAAAGGGACCCACCUGGUAAUGGUCUGUGGAUGAUUCAUGGACCGAUGCUGUGAAUAUCAAUCAUUUAGUAAUGUGAUGGGGAAGACGAAAUGACUCAUUACUUGAUGAUGAUGUUAUAAGACCAUAUCCGGCAGGUUAUUAGUGAAGGGACAAACAACCUCUGAUGACGCAAAACCAGCCUCUCUGCGGUGUGUAGAGAAAUGUAGAGAAAUAAAAAAAGUGCCUGAAGUGUGAAAAAGAAGCAAUAAAACCUGUAAGCUUUCAAAACAACAA